CUACCAUCCGCAAAUUACGCACGAGCCGAUUUCCGUCCUGCCGAGUCCCUAAUCAAACAUGUGUUGUUGCAAUUCACUUCUGAGUCCUACCUACCAACCCUGUCCCGAAUUUCUUUUACGUCUAUAAAUGCGUUGGGCUUCCAACAACAUCAAAACGUCCACAUCCCAAGCCCUCACAUUCCAAAAUCACAAUCAAGAUGUCGACUCGCAAGAACAACCUCAAUCUAACAAUGACGAAGAUCCACGAAGACCUGCCCCCGGAGCCUGUCCUCGCCGCUGCCGCCACUGCCGCCGUCGUCGCCGCGCCCACGAACCCAAGCACACGGCCAGGCACAAAAGUCGCAUCCCAAGAAGCUCAAAUCAUGCCUCAAAUCAAAGGCAGCAAACCCAUCGACGCCUGGGAAGCCCUCCAAUGCAUCCAAUCCACCCGCCAAUCCUACGCCCACCGCCUCACCACCCUCCCGCCCAACACCCCGGACCCCACGCCCCCAAACCUCACCUACAUCCUCACUCAAGCCCACACCUACCUCACCAGCCCAGACUCCCCCGUCCGCCCCGCCGCCACCACAUCCUUCACCCUCGACACCCCGCUCCGCCUCGUCCAGCGCGUCACGCAGGCUUUCGGCCCGAAUGCGAUUUACGAGACCGAGUACCUCCAACUGCUGGAUCUGAGGCCGCGGAAUGCGAUUGAGUUGGAGACGGUGAUUGAGGAUUUUGAAAUGCGGUUUGGGGAGAGGCAGGGGGAGUUGUUGGGGAUUGUGCGGGAGGUGUUGGGGGAGGUGCCGCGGGUUACGGCGGAGGAGAGGGCAAAGGGGGUGGCGGAGGAGGAGGAGAGGAGGAGGUUGGAGAUGGUGGAGGAGGGGAAGGGGAGGAAGGAUAAGGGCAAGGGCAAGGAGAGGGCUUAG